UCUCCUCUCGCGCGAAGAACCCAAAAACAAAACCCAGCAACCGGCAGCCCACCAAAAUCGAUCCAGUCCCGUACCUUUCCUCUCCCUUAUCCGUUCGUAGGAGCAAUCGUACUCGAAUCAAGCCAGGUGGAAGCAUCUCGGGCUUGGGAUCGUCCUUCUCAAGAAAUCAAGCGUUCUCUUCACUUUUCUGUUGAAAUUUGUGGAAGGAAUUGGAAUAAUCGAGUCAGCAACCUUAUCCGAAUUCAUCCAAAACCAUCCCGUUUUCCUCCAAGUCGAUCCCAAUUUUCCUCUAUAAAUACCCAUCUCUUUUCUCUGUUUUAGGGGGCUUUUUUCGGGAUACGAUUUCCUCCCCUAGAAGAUACAGAGAUUCAUUAUCUAAAUAUGAGAUUUCUCAUCGAAAAGGCCCAUAAGAGCAUUUUGGAUUCAUAGAAAAUCAUCAAAAAUUAGAAAUUUAGCUCUCUUUCUAACUUCUCUGCUUUCGGAGCCGAGCUCGUGUUGGUGGAAUUUUCUCUUGCUGGUUCAUCUCAGUCGCUGCCCAGAAAGAGUGAAGAGUUGGUGGCAAGUAUAGAAAGAUCAAAAUGGGUGCAAGGAAAGCUGGUUUAAUUGCUCUGUUCGAUGUUGAUGGAACUCUUACAGCACCCAGGAAGGAAUCUACUCCACAAAUGUUGAAAUUCAUGCAGGAACUUAAAAAGGUUGUUACUAUUGGAGUUGUUGGAGGUUCUGACCUUGUCAAGAUAUCAGAACAGCUUGGCAAUACAGUUACAAAUGACUAUGAUUAUGUUUUCUCUGAAAAUGGCCUUGUAGCACAUAAAGAUGGCAAGCUUAUUGGGAAACAGAGCUUGAAGUCAUAUCUUGGGGACGAGAAGCUUAAGGAAUUUAUUAACUUUACUCUCCAUUACAUUGCUGACUUGGAUAUUUCAAUAAAGAGAGGAACAUUCAUUGAGUUUAGAAGUGGCAUGCUAAAUGUGUCGCCUAUUGGGAGGAACUGUAGUCAGGAAGAAAGGGAUGAAUUUGAAAAGUAUGACAAGGUACAGAAGAUACGCGAAACUAUGGUAUCAGUGCUCAGAGAAAAGUUUGCACAUUUUAAUCUCACCUUCUCCAUUGGAGGCCAAAUUAGUUUCGAUGUUUUCCCCCAAGGUUGGGACAAGACUUAUUGUUUGAGAUACCUUGAAGAAUUUAAUGAAAUUCACUUUUUUGGAGACAAAACAUACAAGGGAGGAAAUGACCAUGAGAUCUACGAGUCUAAGAGAACUGUGGGUCACACAGUUAAUAGCCCGGAGGAGACAUUGAAACAGUGUUCUGUUCUAUUCCUCGGCAAGGAUAAUGGAAGUUCUUGAGCUUGUUGCAGUUCUCCAAGAAGUUCUUGAGCUUGUAUGCUUUUAUUCUAUGCACAACAAAAAUGAAUAAUUGCAAUAAAUCUUGUAUUGAAUUUUCUCAUCAAAAUUAUAAUAUGACUGUA